GAAGAGGGAGGGGACUAAGUGGGUUUGGUCCCUUUUUUUCUGCGUACACUCACAUGAGCAUUCUGAACUCGGAGAGCAAAGUGUGUAACAGAGCGAAGAACACAGAAGGAAAAGACACACACGCACACUUGCAAUCUCAACUACAAGAAAUCAUGUUGUUCCUCCUUGUUGGCAUUUUUCUCCUGCACAUCAUUACAUUCGCCCUCCUGCUCGCUGCCACCAUCGAGAAUUCCUGGUGGACUACUGGUUCGAUGUCCACUGAUAUUUGGUCUCAGUGGCUUUGGAACGGUGUUCAGUGGAACAAUACUGAGCUUCCACCCAACUAUCCUGAAGAUUACCUCCACGCAGUGCAGGCGAGCUCUAUAUUAGCGUGUGUGUUUUCAGGUAUUGGCUUGUUUGUGUUCCUCGCUCAACUCUUCACACUGCCCAAAGGAAAACGCUUCAUCUUGUCUGGAGCCUUCCAGUUGCUGGCCUGUCUGUGUAUUAUGAUUGCCGCCUCUAUCUACACUGAUAUUUUCCACAAGAAUGAAAAAGGAUGGUAUGGUCCAAGUUUCAUCAUAGCCUGGCUCUCCUUUGCUCUCACCUUUGUCUCCUGCGCCAUUUACUUCGUACUGCGCAAGAAAACAACCUGAGGAGCUCACAUGCUCCUACACACUCCUACAUGCUCCUACACACACACACACACACACACACACACACACACACACACACACGGCUUGAUCAGGUGCAUGUCACUGUAUUGUAGAAAGAGAGGAUUGUUUUUCAUGCAUAAGAAUCAUUUGCAUGAAUUAAUUAUGCACAUAAUUAAUCAUUUAACUGGAAAAUGGUGCAGUAAGAGGGGAAAAAAGAAAAUCAGAAAAGAGGGACAAAGUGUGUGUGUGUGUUUAAAAUUGUAAACAAACAAUGGAUUAGUUCUUUAAAGUAAAUUAAAAUUAAGCUGUCACAUUUGUGGGGAAAAUUCUUAGAUUGAAAGAUUUAUUCUAUAACGUAUUGUACCACUUUUAUAAUGUUAGAAAUAUUUUUAUAUUCUGGGUGAAUAUGAAUAUGAAUGUGUUCUAAUGAAUAUAACUGGAAUGAAAUGUAAUUGUGUAGUAGUUGCUAUUUUAAUACAAAUAAUCCAAUUUUGCAUAUCAUUUAUUUGCAUAAAAACUCUUAAUGUGUAAAUAUGGUGUUGUUUUAGUUUUCAUUUCUCAUGUGCUUCCAUUUUGUUUACACACACACAUUUACUGUGCAGCUCCGAGUAAUGCUCGAUUCUGAUUGGUCCAUGGAGUGAAUGAGGAAAAAGCUCAUUCAUUGUCGAAAGUCGCUGGAGUCAAGCUGUGUGUAAACGAUUGUGAAAAAUGCACACUAAGAAUGAUUAGUAUUUACUUUUAUUUUUGUUACAUGAUCUUUUUUUUAUGCAGUGUGUAUUAAAGUUGAUCCAAAAGUCA